AUGCCAUCGUCGAAAAAUCAAAAUUAUGUUGUCGAAAAAGUUAUUGGAAAACGACUUCAAAAAGGUCGCACUCUAUAUUUGAUCCAAUGGAAAGGUUAUUCUGCAGAAGAUAAUACAUGGGAGCCAGAAGAGAAUGUUAAAAACUGUCGGGAUCUUGUCAAAGCAUUUGAAGCUGAACAAGAGAAAAAGGACAAAUCGAAAAUCGCCACUGAAAGUGAAAAAGAAGGCCAAACAAAUAUUAGAUCAACUCGUUCGAGUCAAUCGCCACGAAGAAAAUCAUCCAAUAAUAAUCAACGGUCUACUCGUAGUAGUAUUCGUAGUUUACCAUCUCGUAAACGAUUUACUAGUGAUGAUGAUAUCAUUAUUGAUGAUGAAAGUAUUAAUGUAAAUGGGCAUAAUGAGAAAAAAUCAAGACCAUCGAAACGAUCACGUCGCAGUACAACCGAUAGUGAAGCAACAUGUUCCGAUGAUAGUCACGAUAGUGACAUACUUGACUUCUUCACGCUUGAUCAUAUUGUCGAUGUUCGCCGAAACAAAAAAGAAAAUAAAGUUGAAUAUAGUAUUCAAUUAAAAAGAAAUAAAAAGCCAACAUGGAUAAAUUCAAAUCGAUUAAGCGAAGAUUAUUCUCAAGAAGUUAUUGAUUACCUUGAAGAAAAAUAUAUUUAA